AUGGCCGAUGCUCCCGCGAGUCCAGGCGGCGGCGGCAGCCACGAGAGUGGCGACCACAGUCCCCGCUCCAAUUUUCGCGAGCAGGACCGCUUCCUCCCCAUCGCCAACAUCAGCCGCAUCAUGAAGAAAGCGCUUCCCGCCAACGGCAAAAUCGCCAAGGACGCCAAAGAAACCGUGCAGGAAUGCGUGUCCGAGUUCAUCAGCUUCAUCACCAGCGAAGCUAGCGAUAAGUGCCAGAGAGAGAAGAGAAAGACCAUUAACGGUGACGAUUUGCUUUGGGCUAUGACCACUUUAGGUUUCGAAGAAUACGUUGAUCCACUCAAGAUUUAUCUAGCCUCUUACCGAGAGGGUGAUUCAAAGGGUUCGGCCAAGGGUGGAGAGACAUCUGCUAAGAGAGAUGUUUAUCAAAAUCCUAAUGUCCAGGUGGAGAAUCUUGCUCAUCAAGGUUCUUUCUCACAAGGUGUUAACUACACGAAUUCUCAGAAUGUUAGGAGAGAGGCUGAUGCUUCAUUCACGUGA